CGGGCCCAGAUAGGCCGCAGCCGGGCGGGCGGGGCCGAACGCUGCCGUCGCGCCCCGGAAGUGCUUGUCGGGCCGUAGCGGAAGCGGGGCGGGGUUCGGCCUCUUUGGUGCUGGCGGCCGGCGAAGAUGACGAAGGGUACAUCGUCAUUUGGUAAGCGACGAAAUAAGACACACACCUUGUGUCGCCGAUGUGGGUCCAAGGCAUACCAUCUGCAGAAAUCUACCUGUGGGAAAUGUGGUUACCCUGCUAAGCGUAAGAGAAAGUAUAACUGGAGUGCAAAGGCUAAAAGACGCAACACCACUGGUACUGGUCGCAUGAGGCACCUGAAAAAGGUCUACCGUCGAUUCAGGAAUGGAUUCCGUGAGGGAACCACACCGAAGCCCAAGAGAGCAGCUGUUGCAGCCUCCAGUUCAUCAUAAAGACUCAUCUAUUUGUUAAAAUAAAAUGGUCUUCUCCAGAAAA